AGAUUCCUCCCCCCGUCUUGGAGAAGCUCUGGUCCGCCCUGAGGCACCAGGAUGUUGGAGGGCCUCGUUGCCUGGGUGCUAAACACGUACCUGGGGAAGUAUGUCAGCAACCUGAACACGGAUCAGCUGUCCAUCGCCCUGCUGAAAGGCGCCGUGGAGCUGGAGAACCUCCCUCUGAGGAAAGAUGCCCUCCGAGAGUUUGACCUGCCGUUUGAAGUCAAAGCAGGGUUCAUCGGAAAGAUCACUCUGCAGAUCCCUUUCUACCGGCCUCACAGCGACCCGUGGGUCAUCUCUAUGUCCCAGCUGAACCUCAUCAUCGGCCCCGCCCAUCAGCAGGAAUAUGAUGGAGAGAAGGAGAGAGGGGAGGAGAGGGAACGCAAAGCAUGCCUUCUCAAGGCUCUCGAGGACAAAUUCAAAAGUGAGCGCGAACAGAAGGGAGAGUCUUACUGGUACUCGGUGGUCACUAGGAUUGUGGAGAACAUUGAGCUGAAGAUCCAAGACGUGCAUCUUCGAUUUGAAGAUGACUCGUGCAACGCGGAGAAACCCUUUUCCUUUGGGGUUUGCAUCAACAAUAUUUCUGCUCAGAACCCCUCCAAAGAGACGGUCCAGAAGCUCCUCCGACAGAAGCAGCUGGAGAUUUCAGACUUCAGCGUCUAUUGGGAUACGCAAUGUGAAAUCCUGGGAAAGCUGCCCGCAAAUCAGAUCCAGGAUGCCAUGACCCGGUGUAUGCAGAGCCGCGAGCAUCAGUACAUCUUUGAACCCGUGUGUGCCUCCGUGCUGCUCAGGAGAAACACCUCUAAGGAGCCUCUGAGGUCCCGCCACACGCCCCGCAUCGAAGGCCAGGUUCAGCUGCAGCCCAUGUGCUUACGCAUGUCGCAGGUCCAGUACCAGCAGAUCAUGGCAUUCCUUAAAGAGGUGGACCGUCGGGAGAGAGAGAUGCUUUACCGGAAGUGGAGACCAAAAGUUCCCAUUUCUGGGAGCUGCCGGCAGUGGUGGAUGUUUGCGAUCCAGGCCAACCUGAGUGAGAUCAGGGAACAGAGGCGGCGAAGCAGCUGGGGCUUUGCCCUGCAGCGAGCACGAGAUGCUCAGACCUACACUGGCCUCUACUUCGCUCGGCUUAAAGGAGCUCCACUGACUUCUCAGGAAGAGAGCGAGCUGGAGCGAGUGGAAGAGGAGCAGACGUUGGAAGAGCUGCAGUGCCUCAGAGAAAUUGUCCACGACUGGUUUCGAAAGCAGGAGGAGAUCUCCGAGUACGUGCGCGAGCCCAGUAGUGACUCCCAGCCCUGUUUAGCCACCACAUCCAUCCCCAAGAGUGGCAGUUCAGGGAUGAUCCAGUACCUGCAGUCCUGGUUCCCGGGCUGGGGGGGCUGGUAUGGAGACUCCCAGGACCCAGACAGGCCGGACGAGCUGCUGCCAAGCCCCUCCUCCUGGGACAUCUUAGCAGAGACAGAAGACCUGUUCGACCCAUUGGAGGACUCUCACACUCUGAACACAUUCACCAGGCGAGAUCAUCUGUUCGCCCGCCUUGAGUUUUUACUGGAGAAAGGCGGAGUCACGCUCUCUCACCAGGACAGGAGGGGGGGCGCGCUGCACGAGAGCGGGGUCAUCCAGUUGGAGUUCUCAGGGGUCAACGUGAUCUUGGAGUCCCUCCCUCGCUCUGAGUCCUCCCUGCUGUCGGUUAAGCUGGGUGGUUUGUUCCUGAGAGACUUGACUACUCAGGGCACCAUCUUCCCUGUCCUGGUGUCUCCCAAAACGGACAAAGUGGUUGUUGCCAUGAACCAGCCAUCCGGCCAGUCCACCAGUUCCACUGGAUGCACUGCAGAGUGCUCGCCAUCGCCAGUGUUUGAGAUGAUUUAUGAGCGCAACCCUGUGAGGUGUAAGUUUGAAAGGAGGCUGGAGGUGAACACUAGUCCAUUGAACAUCAUCUACAACCCACAAGCAAUCAAGAAGCUGACUGAGUUCUUCUACAAAGGAAGAGUUCAUACCUCGGGUUUCGGAUAUCAGUCGGAGCUGGAGCUGAGAGUAGCGGAGGCUGCCAGGAGGCAGUACAAUAAGCUGAAGAUGCAGACCAAGGCAGAGAUCCGACAAACCAUUGAUCAGCUUCUUGUGGGAGAGUUUAUCGAAAACGGUAAGCGUUGGACCAUGAAACUGGACAUCUGCGCGCCGCAGGUGAUUUUCCCCGAUGACUUCCAGUCAGAGGACCCGAUGCUAGUGGUUGUUGAUUUAGGCAGGAUUCUUCUCACAAACUGUCAAGAGGAGACUAAGGCCAACUCAAAGGCUGCUGAGCCUGAGAGGGAAGACAUGAGUGAUGAUGAGUACCAGACACCCCUUGCCACCCCGCCAGAGUCUCCGGCACCAGAACUAGACAUGCCUUUAAAAGAACAGCUCAAAAGCUCUAACCUUCCCAGCCUCAGAUCCCCUGAAAGUACACAGGCCUACUGCAGAAAGCUUUAUGAAAAAUACUCCUUGUCCUUUAAGGAUCUCCAGAUAAUGGUUGGUCGCUAUAAGGACAACUGGAAACAUCUUCAAGAGAGUGAGGUAGGGCCUACUCAUGUAGUAGAGAAAUUUAACGUGCUGCUGCAGCUUGAGCAGCGACUUCGCUACACGUCUGACCCCCAGCUCCCUGGGGCUGUGCUGUCAGGAACUCUGCCUGACCUAAAGGUCCAUAUCAACCUUGAGAAGAUGACCGCCCUUAGGAGUUGUCUGGCUAGGCUGAGCACUCCAUCUUUUAGUGAAGACAACAAAAGCCAAGAGGGAAGUCCACAUAUAAGAUCACCUGACCCCCUUACCCUCCGACAUGACAAGAUAUUUCAGAGAGAGGACAGCUCCUGGAAGCUGCAAGGUUCAGCCAAGAACCUGACCCACAGUGUGAUGACGUUAGAGCAGCACACAAGGGAAGUCCUGGUGGAAUCCCGUCUACUAUUAGCUGAAUUCAACAUUAACUACAUGCAGCUUGGGGUAGAAAGCGACGGCCGCUACAUAUCGGUUCUCAAGGUAUUUGGCACAAAUGCUCAUUUCGUCAAGCGUCCUUAUGAUGCUGAAGUCUCUCUGACUGUCCAUGGUCUUCUGCUGGUGGACACAUUACAGACCUAUGGGUCAGACUUUGAUCUCCUCGUGGCUUCUCAUAAGAAUCUCAGUUUUGACAUACCCACGGGCAGCCUCAGGGAAAGCCAGCCAUCGUCCCCUGUGUCUUCUGAUGGGAGGUCCCCUGACCACCAGGGCCAUCAUACUGGGUUGUCCUCUGGUAUGCCCAUGGAUAAAAUCUCCCCCUUCAGUUCUUUUCUCAAAGACCAAGAGGCCCUCAUUAAGCUUGAAUACCAGUUUGUGAGCUCAGACUGCCCCUCCAUGAACCUGGACAGCUCCCUUCAGGUGACAAGCAUGCAGGUCAAUAACUUGGACAUCAUUCUGAACCCCGAAACCAUGGUAGAGCUGCUCAAGUUCCUCCAGAAGUCUUUUCCCAAAGAGGAAAGCACCUGGACACCGUCAGUGCCGCAACCAACAGCGCAACAUUCCAGUGAGGAAGAGGAGGGGACAUAUCAGGCCACCUAUGACCAGAACAAAGAGCUGACCGUGGAAAUCCACCGUCUUAACCUGCUUCUCCUUCGGACCGUGUCCACUGGCACUGUCCUGGGUGCUGAGAAAAAAGGGUUAAAGAUUGCCACUGCCAGCAUCACUGGCACCAAGGUCAAUGUGUCCAUGGGUAGCCGGUUGGACAUCAAUGGCUCACUCGGGUCUAUGCAGUUGGUGGACCUGACCCAGGAAGGAGGCAGAAGCCAGUUUGUGGUCAGCAUUGGUAGUGCUGACAGUCCCUCAACUCUCGGCGGGAUAACUUUCCUGGCUGAUACAGGAGGUUCUCCCUCGGAUGCUUUAGAUUUUCGCCUUAUGGAGAAAUCCCAGGGCGAGUGUUCCUUGCAACUUCAGAUGGCAUCCUUGCACUAUAACCACUCUGCCAAGUUCCUGAAGGAGCUGAGUCUGUCUGCUAAUGAGGUAGAAGACAAUUUCCGUUCCAUGCUGAAAAGUGCUGCCACCAAAGUGUCAACAGUUCUAGUCACCAAGACAGCAGAGUACAGUGGAAUGGUUUCGCUCUUUGAGACUCCCUCGAGGAGAACUCGAACCCAGAGUCAGAGCUGGCCUUAUCCGUUUGAGGAGGAGGAGGAGGAUCUUCCCACGGAAGAACCUGAAUCCGCCUUAGACACGUUCUUGGUGAAGCUGACCCUUAAUAUCAGCAUUGAGUCACCGGUUGUGUCCAUUCCACGCAAACCUGGACACCCUGAGCUUUUGGUUGGUCACCUGGGAAGCAUAACAAUCCAGAAUUUUGUUACUGGGCAAGACUCUGAAGGGGAGAGGCUGCAGGUGUUGGUGAAGGACAUUCGACUGUAUUCAGUCAACAUGAGUCAUCUGGUCUUGAAGAGGGCACUCCGAGGGGAUACGGCUGGUGGCAUGUCGCCAUCCCGCAGUGGAAGCAUCAAUCAGGAUGAACCACAGUUCACUCGUCAUGACUUCUUUGAGUUCCUCAGCCGUGGAAAAGCUUUCCAUAUAUUGAAAGACACCACUAUUCAGUUCACCCUGGAGAAAGUUCCUGUUGAUGAAGACACGCAGUUCUCCUUCCUCACUGCAGAAGAGCCCUGCAAGAGCACAGGGUUACUAAGAAUUGAGGGCAAAUUCAUUAACCCUGUUCAGGUGUUCUUGUGCAAGCCUGUGUAUGAACAAGUCCUCCAGACAUUAGACAAUUUGUCCCUGAUUGAGGAGCAACGUGUCACACCCAGCCAACCGCCCACACCCCCGCCACCAACUCCUUCCUCCACCAGACCACACCGUUUUCCUGACCCCCAGGGAGGGCUGUUUGCAAAAGACCCUCCCUAUCUCAGCUUCUCCCACACGUCGCUCUCCUCCCCCUUGCCGCUGCAGUCUCACCAACCCGCUCUUCACAACUCGUUCACCCAGCUGAAAAUCACCUUACACGUGGCAGAACUGCAGGUCCAGCUCAGUGCAGACUUGUCUCAGGGCUCCCAGGGCUUGGUCAGCCUGCGCUUCCAAGAUCUGGAGGGAGAAUUUACCAAAGACCACCCUCAACUACUGACUGUCCAGCUGGCUCUGCGCUCGCUGCUAAUGGAGGACCUCCUGGAACAGAACCCUGAGUCUAAGUACAAACAUUUGAUGGUGUCUCGCGGAGCACCCAAGCCCUCCACCUUCAGUCCAAAGGAGUACCUUUCUCAAAGCUGUCCUUCAGCCUCCAAUGCCCUGUUUCCAGACAUGCCUCGCUCCCUGCCUGCUCACAUGGAAGAGGCCCGGAACGUCUUCCAGCUCUACCAGAGGCAUCCCAGCACCCCUUCAGCCAGCAGUCGCAGAUCCAAGAGGGACCCGGAGUGUCCCAGCACUCCACCUCCCUCCCCCACCCACCAUGCACCGUCCCCUCAGCCACCCCCAGACUUUGAUGAGUCCUUAGUUCAUAUCAAUGUGAUGCUGGUGGACCAGAACCACCCGGAGUUUAAAACACGCUAUGGCCGAGUGGGCCGAAGCGUGGACGUUGAUUUUAACUGCCUGGACGUUCUGAUCACGCUGCAGACCUGGGUGGUUAUCUUAGACUUCUUUGGCAUUGGCUCCACGGCCAAUAAUCAUGCUGUGAAGGUGCCCCCUACGGCACCACACGCUGAGCCCGGCCAUCCCCUGUACGAGCCAUGUCUCAGUGAGGAGGAGACCACAGAGGCCGUCAACACUAAAGUGGAUGUAAAGGUCCAUUCUUUGUCUCUUGUCCUGAACAAGAAACUCAACGAGCUUGCCAGAGCUAGUGUGUCCAAAUUAUCUGCUCAUCUCGAAAUGUUGGAUGGCGACCUGGCUUUACAAGGCAGUUUAGGAAGCUUGUCCCUGAGUGACCUUACCCCACAUGGCGAUCUCUACAGAGAGCGCUUCACCACACAAGGCGGGGAGGCCCUGAUCUUCAACAUCCUUAAGUACGGCCGGCCCGAUGCGGCUCUGGAGCGGGAAUGUGACAUCAAAGUGUCUUUGCAGAUGGCCUCGGUGCAGUACGUCCACACGCAGCGCUUCCAGGCCGAGGUGGUGGCCUUCAUUCAACAUUUCACCCAGCUACAGGAUGUCCUGGGCAGGCAGAGGGCUGCAAUGGAAGGCCAGGCUGUGCGUAAUGUUCCUCAGCGGGCUUCCAGGGUCCUGCUGGAUAUUGAGGCCGGAGCACCAGUCAUUGUCAUUCCAGAGAGCUCUUGCUCGCCGAGGGUCAUUGUGGCCAACCUCGGUCAGCUGAGGGUGCAGAACUGCUUCCUGCCAGCUGGGGCUCAUGGGACUUUUUCCCUCCGUGACAAGGAGCGAGUCCAGAAAGCAGCAGAGAAAAGUGAGCGGGAAAAGCCGACGACGUCCCCGUCCACCUCCUCUGCAGGGUUUACCCUGGGCAGGCCACAGGUCCCAGACACGUGGAAGACCACUGAGGGGGACGAAGCCCACUGCUCAGAGGAGGACGUGUGCCUGCUGGACUGCAUCGCUCUGGACCUGCAGGAGAUGGAUAUCUUUGCUGCAGAGUGUCUGCCCUCUCAGCCCAGGGACAGCGGUGGUAAACCUCCCGAGUCCUCAGACCUCAUCUUUCCUUCGUACUCUGUGCGCCGCACCGGAGACAACCUGCUGAAAGACCGCUGCCGCCUCAAGCUCAAAGUGGAGCGCAACUUGGACAAGGAGCUUAGCCAUGUGGUGCCAGACAUGUCCAUCCACGGCAGCCUUUCGUCAGUCCACUGCUCUCUGGACCUGGAGCACUACCAGCUGAUCAGAGGCCUGCUGGAGAACAACCUGGGAGAGCCUGUUGAAGAUUUCCUGAGACCCUACAACCUCCAGGACCCCAGCACUUAUACGGUGCUCAGUGGAGAUGUCUACACCAGCCUGUCAUUCCUGGUGGAUAUGAUGGAUGUCAGUCUGGAGCUCUUGGACAGCCCCACACCCACGGAACAUAAGCGCUCAUUAGCACGGUUUGACUUCAUGAAAUCCAAGCUUCUCUUUGAGAGUUUGUCCAAUGGAUCCAAGUCUAUCAACUUGGUUUCUCACUCGCUGCUGGCGUACGACACUCGGCGCAGCGAGCCGAGCAAGAGCCCCGGUAAAGCCCAUCGGGAAAGGCACAACGUCUUUGACUGCAUCCUCCAGCCCUCCAAAACCGGCACGAACAGGGCGACACUGCAGCUAGAGCUGCACUAUCGAUCCACGCGGGACUCGUCCUGCUUCACGGUAGUCCUCAACAACCUAAGAGUGUUCCUCAUAUUCGACUGGCUUCAGCUUGUGCGAAACUUCCUGCGGGUCCCGGUGGAGAAGGUGUCCCGGGCAGCCGAGCCCCGUCAGCGUUGCCCCAGCAACGCCAGCACCGACUCUGGCUCCGCCCCCGCCGGCACUGUAGGGGCCGUCAUGCCAAAGACCGUCAAGAGCGGUGUGGUCACCAAGAGGUCCACGGUGCCGGUCAACCAGGACCACUGCCUGGAAAUCAAGAUCAACGUCACAGGCACCGAGUUUGUGGUCGUGGAGGACUCGUCUUGUUUGGAUACCAACGCCAUCAUUCUAAAAGGCACCACGGUCCUCACCUACAAGCCGCGGCUGCUGGACAGACCCUUCUCAGGCAGCCUGGCAGGAAUCGAGGUGUUCUCCUGUCGACUGGGCAGUGAGCUGGAGACGGCGCUGUCCAUCAUCGACCCCGUCAAUAUUCAGGUGGAGCUGUGUGGGAGCCCCACGUACCAAAGCAGCUCCGGGCUCCUGGACGCCUUCAAUGUUGAGGACAUCCCACCGCUGCUGGAGAUUCAGUUUCCCUCUCUGGACAUCCGUCUGUCCUAUAACGACAUCCAGCUCUUCUUGGCGAUCACCAAGUCCAUCCCCACCUCCGGCUCCGCUCCGCCCUCGGACUGUGAUAGCAGACCUGCUGCCAGCACUGAGCCCACCACAGCCAAAGACAGCUUCAGGCAGAAGACUGAGGCCCUCAUAGAGGGCCAGCUGACCCGCUUGCAAGACCUUGGCUUCAGGAAAGAGGACUGCAAAAGGGCCCUGAUCCACUGUAAAGGCCAGCUGGACCAGGCUGCCACGUGGCUGCUGGAGAACGCUGACAACAUGGCAGGCCUGGGCAGAUCCAGGACUGACUCGGGCUCCAGCUGCCACUCGGCUCCUCUGUCUGGAGUGGAGGUGAAGGCUGAGAGCGUGUGCAUCUGUUUAAUCGACGACUGUCUGGACUGUGACAUACCGCUGGCUGAGCUCACCUUCUCUCGGCUUUAUGUGCUGCAGCGCAUCGGUUCCACUCAGGAAGGAAAAGCCAGCUUCACUCUGUCGGGAGACUAUUACAACAGAGAGCUGUCGGGCUGGGAGCCCUUCAUCGAGCCGUGGCCCUGUUCUCUGUCCUGGCAGCAGCAGGCCGCCGGCCGCCUCCAUCCUCCCCGUUUGAAGAUGGGGGUCCGAGCCAAGCAGAGACUGGACAUCAACAUCACGUCCGUCCUGCUGGAACAAUACAACACCACUAAGAGUGCCUGGAUAGCUGAUUACUGUAAGGAGGAGGAGCACACGCCCCAGCCUUCGCCCCCCCCGCCAUGGAUGGGCUCCUCGGUAGACCCACCUAGCGUCGGACAAAGCGCUCCUCUCGCUCCCCUUAGAACUAGGAGCACCGACACCCUGACCUGCCCCGAGCAGCAGAUUCACUCUGGAGCCGACGUGAAGCUGUCCAAGAGGAGGCAGCCGUUUGUGCCGUUCGCUCUGCGCAACCACACGGGAUGUACCAUGUGGUUUGCCACUCUGACUACAACCCCCACCAGGGUGGCCCUUUCUCACAGCAGUAGUGCCGACUCCAUCUCAGACGUCCACGGCCCGGGAACGGAUGACACUCACAACAUCAGUCAGUGGAGGGAGGUGCAGCCCGGGGAGGAGAUUCCUUUUGAGUUUGAAGCCCGCGAGAAACUCCGCCACCGCCACACCCAUGAACUGAAGCUGCACCAGCUGCUGGUGCGAGUGUGUGGAUGGGAGCAAGUCAAGCCGGUGUCUGUGGACAAAGUGGGCGUUUUCUUCCGUUACGCAGCCCCAGACAGAAACAACUCCUCCAGUACUGUCGGCAGUCCGAUCAGCAGAACCAACAUCAUCCACCCGCAUGUUUACUUCUCGGCCCUGCCUCCAGUCAGAGUGGUCUUCUCCAUCACAAUGGAGGGAAGUGCUCGGAAGGUCGUCACCGUCCGCUCUGCCCUCAUGGUGAAGAACCGGCUAGAUGUUCCCAUGGAGGUCAGACUGGACAGCCCCUCUGCUCCUGACAAACCAGUGGUGUUGCCCCCGAUCCUUCCUGACCAAGCCUUGGCGGUCCCACUCCACCUGACGUCCUGGAGGCUGCAGGCUCGGCCCAAAGACCUGGGCUUGUUCUUCUGUAAGGUUCCCAUCCACUGGACCAGUGUGGAGCGGCCCGGAGACAUCAGCAGCAGCAAGAGGGAGUGUCAGUCUGCAGACUUUGACGACAGCCUCAAGCGCAGCUUCAGGUUCUGUGUGGUCAUCAAAAAGGAGAACUACCCAAAUCAGCAGCCCGCCAAGACGGUUUCUGGCAGCGCCAAGCAGAUCUAUCGACAGCCCGGCCACACCAUCUACCUGCUGCCCACGAUGGUGCUGGCCAACCUGCUGCCCUGUGACCUCAACUACUUCAUCAAAGGAACGGCCAUCCGAGGCGCCCUGAAGCCGGGCAAAGAGGCCGUGCUUCACGUUGCGGACACCUCGCAGAACAUGGAACUAGGAGUCCUGCUGGAGAGCUUCCCCGUGUGCAAAGAGCUGCUGAUCCCACCCGGCACUCAGAACUAUGUGGUCCGCAUGCGGCUGUACGACACCAACAAGCACCUGCUCUGCCUCACCAUCCGCAUCGUCCUGCGAGCACAGGGGGCCCUUAAGAUCCUCAUUUCGGCCCCCUACUGGCUGAUUAACAAGACCGGCCUGCCGUUAAUCUUUCGCCAGGACAACGGCAAAGCAGAUGCUGCUGGCCAGUUUGAGGAGCACGAGUUGGCUCGAAGCCUCAGUCCGUUACUGUUCUGCUACACGGACAAGGAGCAGCCUGCUAUGUGCACUAUGCGGAUCGGGAAGGGAAUUCACCCUGACGGAGUUCCCGGCUGGUGCCAGGGCUUCUCCCUGGACGGAGGCAGUGGAGUCAGGGCAGUGAAGGUUAUCCAGCAUGGGAACCGGCCUGGCCUCAUCUACAACAUAGGCAUCAGCGUGCGUAAAGGAAAAGGACGCUACAGGGACACUCACAUCGUGACAUUCGCCCCGCGCUACCUGCUGGACAACCGCUCUACACACAAACUGGCCUUCGCUCAGAGAGAGUUUGCGAGGGGAAAGGGUACGACCAACCCUGAGGGUUACAUCUCCACCCUGCCGGGCUCCAGCGUCGUCUUCCACUGGCCCCGCAACGACUAUGACCAGCUGCUGUGUGUGCGACGCAUGGACACCCCCAACUGCACCUGGUCCGGGGGCUUCGAGGUCAACAAGCCCAAGUCCUUUCACGUCAACAUGAGGGACACGCUGGGGAGCUGUUUCUUCCUGCGGACGGAGAUUACACUGAAGGGAGCCACUUACCAGAUCUCCUUCUCUGACGCUGACCAGCUGCCUCCCCCCUUCCGCAUCGACAACAUCUCUGAGGUGCCCAUCCAGUUCUGGCAGCACAGCGUGGCUGACAUCCGGCUGCACACUGAGGUGAAGGCCGGCUCGGUGCUGGACUACGCCUGUGAUGAGCCCACGCUGCCCCCCUACCUCACGCUGACUGUGAAGGGAGCCGGCUCCUCGGAGGUCACGUCGGACAUGAACUUCUUUAGAGAAUACAACAAGCUCUACUACGAGAACUUCAUCUACAUCGCAGCCACUCAUACCUUUUCGCUGGACUUUGAGAAGAGGCCUGUCGGUAAGAAACGUCUGGUGAGCUGUGCUGAACUCGUUCUGGAUGUCGAUACCAAGACUCAACGGGUCAUCCUGAAAAAGAAGGAGCCGGGGAAGCGCUCCCAGUUGUGGAGGAUGACCGGCAGCGGCAUGCUGUGUCACGAGGGCUCGUCUCCGCCGCAGAGCAAGCCGGCCCAGCCGCGCCCGCUGGACUCCUCUCUGGUGCUGGACAUUGCCGGGCUCGCAGCUGUCAGUGACAACAGUUUUGAGCCGGUGAUGCUGAGGAGGCCGGACUCCCGCCGCAGCACCACUCAGACGUGGUAUUUCAGCUCGGGCAUGCUGACCUGUGGCCUGCCCCGGCUGGUGGUGCAGGUGAAGGGCGGGACCGCAGGUCUGUAUGACGGAGCAGAGGUGGUGCUGGGACCAGACUCUGGGCUGCAGGAGCCGGGCCCCGAGCAGCAGUUCAUCAACCAGAAGAUGAGACCUGGUUCUGGCGUGCUGUCGGUCCAGGUGCUGCCAGAUGGACCCACACGUGUCCUGCAGAUCAGUGACUUCAACCAGAGGAGAAUGAUCCGGAGCUCCUCUUCCUCAGAACAGGAAAAGGCCAAAGAGGAUGAGAAGAACAGAGAGCCUGAGCAGGAGCUGGAGGUGUUGGUGAACCUGGAGGAGGGAGUUGGCGUGUCUCUGGUCAACAAGGUCCCCGAGGAGCUCGUGUUCACGACGCUGUCUGGUAUCGACGUCCACUUCACCCGAACCGCUGCCAACGAGGUGUUAGAGCUGAGCAUUCAGAACAUCCAGGUGGACAACCAGCUGCUGGGAACCACCCAGCCUGUGAUGCUGUGUGUGACUCCCAGCUCCAGUGACAGCGGCCUCAGCGACAGCGGCCCGGCCCUGCAGGUCAACUCGGUCAAGGUCCCCAGCAGCCUCAUGCUGACCGACCUCUUCAAACACCUGAUGGUGACGGCCCGGCGCUUCACCGUCAUCAUCGAGGAGAAACUGCUGCUUAAGCUCCUCAGCUUCUUUGGCUACGGACAGACAGAAGCUGAGCUGGAGAAGUUGGAUGAAAACGUUUAUGAGAGGCCCAACGAGGACGCAGGACCUCCCAAACGGUACUACUUUGAGAACCUGAAGAUCAGCCUUCCUCAGGUCAAACUGAGUGUCUUCACCUCUCACAAGCUGCCUCCUGACCUCAAGGUCCUGAAAGGCACCCUGGGCUUUCCUCUGGUUCGCUUUGAGGAUGCCGUCAUCAACAUGUACCCGUUCACCAGAGUGCACCCCUAUGAAACCCAGGAGAUCAUCAUCAACGACAUCCUCAAGCACUUCAGAGAGGAGCUCAUCAGCCAGGCAGCGCAGAUCCUGGGCUCUGUGGACUUCCUGGGGAACCCAAUGGGCCUCGUCAACGACGUCACUGAGGGCGUGUCUGAGCUCAUCAAGUACGGCAACGUGGGUGGUCUCAUACGCAACGUGACCCACGGCGUGUCCAACUCUGCAGCCAAGUUUGCAGGGACUUUAUCCGACGGGUUGGGGAAGACCAUGGACAACCGGCACCAGAGCGAGCGAGAGUACAUCCGAUACCACGGAGCCACCAGUGGAGAGCACCUGGUAGCAGGGAUCCACGGACUGGCCCAUGGUAUCAUCGGAGGGAUGACCAGCAUCAUCACGUCCACAGUGGAAGGCGUGAAGACCGAGGGCGGAGUCGGCGGCUUCUUCUCGGGUCUGGGUAAAGGCCUGGUCGGCACGGUGACCAAACCGGUGGCCGGGGCUCUGGACUUUGCCUCAGAGACGGCACAGACAGUCCGGGACAUGGCUAGUCUCAGUAACCACAGGCUCAGUGUGCAGCGGGUCAGGAAGCCUCGCUGCUGUAAAGGCCCCCAGGGUCUACUGCCUCGGCACUCGGCCUCACAGUCUGACGGUCAGGAGCAGCUCUUCCGCCUCACGGACAACAUCCACUCGGAGUUCUUCAUCGCUGUGGAGCCCAUAGACAGCUACUGCGUCCUCAUCUCCUCCAAAGUGGUCUACUUCCUGAGGCCGGGGGACUACGUGGACCGCGAAGCCAUCUUCCUGGAGGUCAAGUAUGAGGACCUGUACCACUGUCUGGUCUCCAAGGAUCAUGGGAAGGUCUAUGUGCAGCUCACCAAGAAGGCUGAGAGCACCAGCAGUGGUGUGGCCAUACCCGGCCCCUCCCACCAGAAACCCAUGGUCCAUGUGAAGAGUGAGAACCUCGCCGUCAAGAUCUCUCAAGAGAUCAACUAUGCCAAGAGUCUGUACUACGAGCAGCAGCUCAUGCUGCCAGUCAAUGAGGACGAAGACUGCUUGCUGCUCGAGUUCUGAUCACAUGACUUUUCUCAAGGAAACAUCAUUAAAUCCCGAGAAGGCAACAACUUUUAUUGAUUUUCGUAGGAGUUUUAAAGUGUUCAACAAACUGCAUUAAAGACAAUAGUCAGACAACUGUGCACUUGCACAUAUGCAAGGAAUUGUUUAUCUAUAAAACACUGUCAUCCUGCAGGUGUUCAGUGUGUGUGUGUGACUAGACAGAAAUGUAAAUAGAGCUACAUACCAAUACUAUCCGUGUACAUACUGUAUUAAUUAUGAAGUAUGAACAUAAUGUGAAAUGUAACAAACUGCCUUUGCAAUUCUAUUUCGGGUAUUUCUAUUUUGUGAGACUGGGUUUGGGGGGGUGAAUUGCACUGACACAUGGAGGGAGGGGACCUGCAGCCUUCCUGCCUCAAACACACACACUAGCCUUUUACAUUAACACACCUCCCGGUGUUUCUCCACUUUUAUUUAACAACCCUUUUUUAAUGAGUCCCCUUUCUAUCCAGAGUGUCCCUCUUAAUCUCAGUGUGCACUUUCUUUUAACUUUGGUUUUGGUGGCAGAUCCAAGUUAGGGCGGUGUGGAGGGGGAGUGGAUUGGAGACAGGCCAGUCGGAGAGGCAAUGGUGGAUGUUUUAUCCUGUAAAAUAACGUUCACAUGGAUGCUGCUUCAAAUAAAGCACCACAACUGCAGGACUCA